AUGUCAGAAGGGGGCACAAUCCCAGAAGACUGCACGACUUCUUCGUCUGGAUCUGUUCGUUCAGAAGACAGUGAUUUAACUAAACAUAGUGCUACGGAUUCUCUAAAUAGUUUGUUAAAGAAUAAGGAGACUUUUACAGACGAUUGUACAGACACGUGUAUGGAUAUGAAAGUGGAGUGCGAGGGAGAAGGAGAAUCGAAACGGAGGACAUGUUGCUAUCCAAUAGUACAAUGUGUAUGGGGUGUUCUACUAAUACUCUUAUCAAUAGGCAGCUUCAUAUUCACACCGUUAGACUUCAUGCUGCAUGAGAAGCUCAACAUGAGACCUGGGUUGCCCCCAUACGAGUGGUGGAUAGACCCGCCAGAUGAAGUAAAGCUCCGCGCCUACGUGUUCAAUAUCACUAACCACGAGAGGUUUCUCCAGGGUUUGGACGAGAAACUCAACGUUCAAGAGAUCGGACCAGUUGUAUACUUGGAGAAACUCCUACACUCAAAUGUGACUUUCAACGACAACAGUACAAUGACAUACACGGCUAAGCGAUUUCCAAUCUACCUUCCUGACGAAAACCAAAUAGACCUGAACGCUACUAUAACAGUCCCUAAUGUUGCAGUUCUGGGUAUGAUGUCCUACCUCUACAACUACCCCUACAUAGUACGUGCCCUCUUUCGGGGGUUAGUGAAUUUGCACCGAGCAAAACCCUUCGUCAACAGGACAAUCUACGAGUACCUAUGGAACUUCAAAGAUCCUGUUCUUGAAGCAUCCAGCAAUUUGGCUCCCGGCCUUGUGCCGGUUAACAAUGCUGGGAUGCUGGAUAGAAUAUAUGCGGACUUCAAGGACGAGAUGACUGUAAAGAUCGGCCCGCAGUGGGGUCACGAGGAGUUCUUCCAGAUCAACAGGUUCAGGGGAGUGCCUCAGUUACCCGGAUUUGAUCCUGACACGUGUCCAGACCGCAUCUUUGGGUCCACGGAAGGUGUGAUGUACGCACAAAGGUUAACCAAACAGGCCGUGCUGCAGUACUGGAGAAAGACCGUCUGCAAGCUGAUGCCGCUGUACUUUGAUAGUGAGCUGACCAUAGACAACGUGCCCCUCUACAGAUACAACCUGUCGGAGAGCGCUUUCGACAGAAUAACUAAUAGGACUGAUUGUUACGACUCAGAGCCGUCCCUCCCCGCCGGCAUAAGCGACGCUUCUAAAUGCUACUUCAAUUUCCCCAUGGUGGUGUCCUUUCCCCAUUUCUAUACGGGAGGACUUCCAAAAGACUACUAUGUAACUGGCCUCAAACCAGACAGACUUAAACAUAAUUCUUGGGUAGACUUAGAACCGUAUACUGGUACACCUUUUCGAGCUGUUGCAAGAUUGCAGAGCAAUUUAAGAGUGCAAGACUUAUCUUCGUAUAAUUCAAACUUUGCUAAGUUGUCAAACCAAGUUGUGCCACUGUUUUGGGCAGAAUAUAACCAAGGAGGCCUGCCAGACGGCAUAAAAUGGACGAUAUUCUUUAUAGUGGUAAUUUUACCGCCGUUCUCACUAGUAUUAUCUAUAUCAAUGCUGCUGUUCGGUUUGUACUUAUUAGCUAAAAAUUUGUACAUGGACAGUUCUUGCAAACAUUGUCUCAAAGCUAUGUUGCUCUUUAAAAGUAACAAUGCAAGUCAAAAUAAAAUAUUAACGUUUGAAAGUGAAACGUUCUUAAAAGCUAGGUAA